AUGUCUCUUAGCCGCGUCUCCUAUCUCGAGUCAUGGGAACACCAACCGCCACCCUUCAUUCGGUAUCGCGGUGGUGGAGGAGCCGACUCUGGUGCCGAGGAUAACGACAACGACGAGGCAAGCCCCUCACUCAACGUCCCCAAUGCGCAUUACGAAAGCGAAGGAGAUGAUGACCAGGCGGCCCUCUUCUCAUCUUCCUUCCCCUCCACUGUCCCAGCGCGCUCAAUCCGGCACAAGCUGACUUUCAAUCCAGUUGCUGGGCGCGGCUGGACGCACAGCUCGGUGGUUUCAUUGGGCGGUGGGGAUGAGGAGACGAGGUCUCUGUUGGGGUCUGGAAUUGGGUCAGUGACGAAUUUUUCGGAAUUAGGGGCGUCGGUGCGGGCGACGGAUGAUCAGGCGGUGCAGGAAAUCGGGUUUAAGGAUCCGAAUUGGAAUCUGGCUGAGACGAUACCGGCAUUUGAGGUGAGUAAGGCGAAGAGGGUGGUUCAGGUUAUUGUUGCGGUCAUUUAUUGCCUGUUUGCGGCCGGCCCGGUGUUUGGAUUUGCGGCUAUCAAGCCGGUUCUUAUUAGGGAAGGGGUGUAUCGGGAUCUGUGUACGAGGGAGGAGUUGGAGAGGGGGUUUGGCUUGUGUUAUGGACAGGAGACGCGGCUCAACUUGAUGUUCACAAUCGCUGCAGUUGGUACAAAUAUCUGUGCACUGCCAGCUGGAACAGCUCUCGAUACCUAUGGACCUCGAGUAUGCGGCGUUCUGGGCAGUUUUCUGUUGGGUAUUGGUACUGUUCUAUUUGUGAUCGGUUCCAAAGUCUCUUUUGAUACCUAUAUUCCUGGUUACCUAUUCCUUGCUCUUGGCGGGUCAUUUGUUUUCAUUUCCUCCUUCCAGCUCUCCAACGCCUUUCCAACGCGUUCAGGUCUGAUUCUCUCGCUCUUGACUGGUGCGUUUGAUGCCUCGAGUGCGUUGUUCUUGGUCUUUAGGCUUGUCAAUGAACAGACAGAUGGCGGGUUUACUGUUCAGAAGUUCUUCACUCUGUACCUUGUCAUCCCGGUCUUUAUCUUCAUUGCGCAGGUUACUGUUAUGCCAGGGACGUCGUAUAAGACGGCUGGAGAACUGGUGCUGCAGGCAGAAGAGAAUAUUGCUGCAGAGGCCAAUGACAUGGUGGAUACGUCUAUUGCUGAUCACGGCGAGGCUGAGCGUCAACGUGACGAGCGGCGCGACCAUCGACAGAGCGUUGUCAGCAAUAUCAAAGGAUUGCUAGAAGAGGGCACGGAUGAUCGGGUGAUCGACACCGGUGUUUUCAAUGGAGAGACCCCCGAACACGUGAACCACGGCGGUGCUGCUCCUGAAAGGGUGUCUGGUAAAGGCGAUUUGACGUCUCCUGCGAAAGGCGACACGAAGCAUAUUGUUGGAGGUGUCUGGGGCGCGAUGCAUGGCGUCUCUGCUUUCCAGCAGAUUCGGAGCCCGUGGUUUAUCCUGAUUACUCUGUUCACGGUGCUUCAGAUGCUGCGUAUCAACUACUUUGUGGCCACCAUCCGCUCUCAGUACGAUUACCUCCUCGGGUCGCCUGAACUGUCUCGCCAGCUCAACGAAGCCUUUGACCUUGCUCUGCCCGUCGGUGGAUUGAUCGCCAUACCGUUUAUCGGGACUAUCCUCGACUCGGCCGGCACUCCCCUAGUUCUCUUCACUCUGGUCGCCGUGUCCACGGCGAUCGGCAUCCUCGGCUGCAUCCCCGGCAGCAUCGGGGCUGGGUACGCGAACAUCGUCCUCUUCGUAGUCUACCGGCCAUUCUACUAUACCACGGUGUCCGACUACGUGGCCAAGGUCUUUGGCUUCCGGACCUUCGGCAAGGUCUACGGGCUGAUCAUCGCGCUUGCGGGCAUCUGCAACUUCGUGCAGACGGGCCUGGACGCGUUGACCUUCAAGGCCUUUGCGCGAAACCCAAUUCCUGUGAACAUCAUGCUGACAGUCGCCGUUCUUGUAGUCGGGUUUCUCCUCGUCACGUUCGUGGCGACCAAGGCGCGGGCGUUGACGUUGACUCAGGGACAGGCCGAGGUGCUGGCCGCCGAACAGCAGCCCCUGAUCGGACGAGUCGAGAAUGGACGGCAGAAUGGGACGACGUACGGCACGGCCUGA